AUGGCUCUCUCCAUUCAAACCCUUGCUUUCCUAUUAGCAGCUGUGCUGUUUAUGCACAACCAGGCACAUGCAGCACAAUGCAAAGACUGCUUCAUCCAUUCUCGUGCUGCCCACUACCCGAAUUCUGAUGAGAAAGGAACAGAGACUGGCGCCUGUGGAUUUGGUACAUUUGGAGCAACAUUGAAUGGUGGAGAUGUAUCAGCUGCUUCUGAACUAUACCGUAAUGGUGUUGGCUGUGGUGCCUGCUAUCAGGUGAGGUGCACCAAUAGCAACUACUGCUCAGACAAAGGGUUGACCGUCGUUAUAACCGACCAAGGGUCGAGUGACAACACCGAUUUCAUUCUCAGCCGACGGGCCUUUGCUGGGAUGGCUCAGACCAAAGAUGCAGCUGCAUCAUUGCUAGCCCUUGGAAUUGUUGACAUUGAAUAUAGACGUGUUUCAUGCCGCCAUCCAUACCAGAACAUAACGAUCAAGAUUGAUGAGAACAGCAACUACCCUUUUUACCUUGCUUUCGUCAUACGGUAUCAGCAGGGGCAGAAGGAUAUUACUGCCGUCCAGCUCUGUGAGGAUAGAGGACUGACUAUUUGGCAUGUGCAGACAGAAACUUUCGGGUGCAAGCUUCUGGAGAGGAGCUAUGGAGCUGUGUGGACGACUGCUUCUCCUCCCAGAGGACCUCUGUCCCUGAGGAUGUUAUUCAGUGAUGAUGAUGGCAAUGAGUCAUGGGUGGUUCCUGUUAACAACAUACCAAGUGACUGGAAACCUGGACAAACAUAUGACACAGGACUGCAAGUUGAUGUUUAG